AUGUUUGUGAUCUAUCGCUCAAUACCCUGGUUCACUUCAAAUACCAUUCACCCAAAUGCGACAUCCACCGCUCAACGACGUGAGGGAGAUAUUUCCAAUGCCUUUGCUUCUCUCUCCGGCAGCCCGCCCAAGCCCCUGGAUGCUCGCUUUGCCGACAUCAAAACUCGCCUAAUCCAAGGCAAUGAAGCUCGUAUCGAAGCCUCAUGGAGCCGGCUGCUUACUGAGCUUCGCAAAGAAACACAAGACAUCAUCGAAAAGGGCUCAUCCAUCAUCCCUGAGAUCCAAUACCAGGACCUCUCCUCCGCCAGCACAACCUUUCGCUCUGCGCUCAAGAAGUAUGGCGUGGCAGUCAUUCGGAAUGUUCUCCCAGAGAACGAAGCGCUCGCGCUGAAGACCGACAUUCGCGAAUACAUCGCAGCAAACGCCGAAAGGACGCGUGCUUUCCCUCCUGAAAAUCCCCAGGUCUACGAGCUCUAUUGGUCGCCUUCGCAAGUCCGCGCCCGGAGUCAUCCAAAUCUGCUCCACACUCAGAAAUGGCUGAUGGAGGAAUUCUGGCACACUUCGCCACCCGCGCCCGCGCCGAUCAAGCAACAGCAACAGCAACAACAACAACCUCCGCCGCUGAUAUCCACCAGCCAUCCCGUCACCUACGCCGACCGCUUCCGCAUUCGUCUUCCGGGCGACAACAAGUUCGCGCUCGGCCCACAUGUCGAUGGCGGCUCAUGCGAGCGAUGGGAAGACGCCGGCUACGGCGGACGACGCGCCAACGGCGUCUACGAAGCCAUCUUCGACGGCCGAUGGGAAGAUUUCGACGCCUGGGCCGCCCGCCCCCGUCUCGGUGUCAACUCCGAUCUCUACGCCGGCACCGGCGCAUGCAGCAUGUUCCGGAUGUUCCAAGGCUGGCUCUCCAUGAGCACCACCGGCCCGGGCGAGGGGACGUUACUCGUGAACCCGCUCUUCAAGCUCGCCACAGCAUACUACCUCCUGCGACCAUUCUUCACCCCGAAAGCGCCAUCAUCACCCGACUCUCCCGCCGCAGCGCAACAGCAAGAAUGGACCCUCUGCGACCCGCAGACCGCCACCCUCCCGGGCUCCUCGCCGGGCCAAGGCCAGGAGCUCACGCAAGCGGACCACCCGCACCUGCUCCUCCCGCAGACCAUGAUCUCCCUGCCGCGCGUCCACCCCGGCGACUACGUCGUCUGGCACUGCGACACCAUCCACGCCGUCGACCCGACCCACUGCGGCGCCCACGACUCCAGCGUGCUGUACAUCCCCGUGUGUCCGCUGACGCAGCGCAACGCGGAGGCGCUGGAGCGGCAGCGGCGCGCGUUCCUCGUCGGCGCCACGUCGCCGGACUUCGGCGACGAAGGCGCCGUGGCGGAGGGCGCGCAUGUCGGGAGGAUGGAUGUCGAGGGGUUCGUGCAGAUGGAGGAAGCCGCUGGCCGAGUGGAGGGCUUGAGGGCGAUGGGGCUUGAGGCGUGGGAUAGUGAUGCCGAGGGGUUGGGGGCCGGGCAGAGGGAGGUGCUGGAUCGGGCGAAUAAGAUUAUGGGGUUCUAUGAUUGA